AUGGCCGGUGGAGGAUUAGCACCGACGCCUGAUGGUGAGGCGAAGCACUACAAUGGGCAUGUGACGGUCUUCGUGAUCGUCACUUGCGUGAUAGCAGCCUCUGGUGGUCUCAUCUUCGGAUACGACAUCGGCGUUUCUGGGGGUGUGACUUCCAUGGAUGAGUUCCUCCAGAAGUUCUUCCCAUCGGUGUUGAGGGACGAGAAGAACGCCGCUGGCACGAAUCAGUGGUGCCAAUUCGACAGCGCUCUGCUGACGGCCUUUACGUCAUCCCUCUACAUCGCCGGGCUCAUCUCCACGUAUUUCGCGUCCACGGUGACCCGGGCCUUCGGCCGGAAGACCUCCAUGCUGUUUGGAGGAGCAGCCUUCCUCGUUGGCUCCGCAAUCAACGGCAUCUCCAUGAACGUAGCCAUGCUAAUCAUUGGCCGCCUCCUGCUCGGCGUUGGCGUGGGGUUCGCCAACCAGGCCGUCCCGCUCUACCUGUCCGAGAUGGCCCCGGCGCAGCUCCGAGGAGCGCUGAAUAUGGGAUUCCAGAUGGCCACCACCAUCGGCAUCCUCGUAGCCAGCCUCGUGAACUAUGGCACGGCUAAGCUCAAGGGCGGAUACGGGUGGCGCAUCUCGGUGGCCCUCGCUGCGGUGCCAGCCCUCGUCAUGACCGUUGGCGCCAUCGUCCUCCCUGACACCCCGAACUCCCUCGUCGAGCGCGGCCUGCGCGCCGAGGCCAAGGCCACGCUCCAGAAGAUCCGGGGCACCGAGGACGUCGACGUGGAGCUGCACGACAUGAUCGAGGCGAGCGAGGCUUCGAAGCAGGUGCGCCACCCCUGGCAGAGCAUCCUCCGUCGGGAGCACCGCCCCCACCUCAUCAUGGCCAUCGCCAUCCCGGCGUUCCAGCAGCUCACCGGCAUCAACGUAAUCAUGUUCUACGCGCCGGUGCUCUUCAAGACCAUCGGCUUCGGGAACAGCGCGUCUCUCAUGUCCGCUGUCAUCUCCGGCCUCGUCAACGUCCUCGCUACCACCGUAUCCAUCGGGACCGUCGACAAGUUCGGCCGCAGGAUCCUCUUCUUCGAGGGCGGAGUGCAGAUGCUGGUGAGCCAGGUGGCUGUCGGGGCCAUCCUGGGGACAUUCUUCGGUUCGGCCGGAACAGGGAAGCUCUCGCCUGCUAUGGCCAACCUGGUGCUGGCACUCAUCUGCAUCUAUGUCGCGGCGUUCGCGUGGUCAUGGGGGCCGCUUGGAUGGCUAGUGCCCAGCGAGAUCUUCCCAAUGGACAUCCGGUCGGCGGGGCAGGCGAUCGUGGUCGGCGUCAACUUCUUCUUCACCUUCAUCAUCGCUCAGCUCUUCCUCAUGGCGCUCUGCCACCUCAAGGCCGGGCUGUUCUAUCUGUUCGCGGCCUUCGUGCUGGUGAUGACGUUGUUCGUCAUCUUCCUGGUGCCAGAAACCAAGGGCGUGCCCAUCGAAGAGAUGGCUUUAGUGUGGAAGAAGCACUGGUUUUGGAAGAAGUACAUGCCGGAGGACCAUGUCAGAACAGCUUGAACCAAACUGCCAACUCUUUCGAGAUGUCUCUUUUUCCUUGUACACAACACACAGGAGGGAAGGUAUCCUCGCUAUUGGCAGCGCCAAGAACACCAGAAAAGUCAUCAGAGGAUAUCCAAGCCAAUUGUUUAGGCUCGUAUAUCCUCAAAUUUCCCUUA